AUGAAGGGCCAACCAAGACGCUUGGUUUUUGAUAAAAGGCUUUGGGAGCAUGCGUGGCACGUCACAUGUUUUCAAGCUGCUUUGAAACGGUCACACUCACAGUCUCAGGAUUCUCACCAUAAAAACACUAUCAGAUCCGUGGUUACACACCACUGUGUCUUCCAAGACUGGAGCUCUUGCAACCGAGGAUGUGAAGCGAAAGCAGCGUUCAAAUAUACGGACGCAACCGGAACCUCAUGGCAUCGGUGCACGGACAUUGUCCGAGCUACGAUAUUAUACCACGACAUCCGGAGCAUGUACGAGGGCCUCAAACUCUUGGACCAACUCCACAAGGAGGGAAAGAUGGAGAUCGUUGAAUUCAACGAUCGGUACCUGACGCCGAUGCCCGGAAACUAUCGAGACCUCCAGCUCUCAGUGAAAAUUGAUGGCAUGAUUUCCGAGCUCCAGUUGAACACUCGGAUCAUGGCGUACGUGAAGGAACAUGCCGGUCACAGGAGCUUUCUCGAGAACUGGUUGCAGCCGUGA